CUAAUAGUAGUUAAAUACUUUGUUGAUAAAUUAAACUUUUUCACGCGAAGGUUACACGAGGUUCGUUCUAGCCGCAGAUAACCGGCAAAUUUUAGAUAACUCGGGCGCUUUGAGCCAUGAUUUUUACGAGAAAAGUUUUAAAAUUGCUCAACUACCGCUUGAGAUGCAAUGCUGGAGUGCGUUUAAUAAACCGACGUUGCCUACAAAGCAACAUUAACAACGAUGUGCCCGCCGUGGAGGUCAGUUUUAGCAAUGGGCGUAAAAUGACCAUUAGCUCGGGCAAGCUAGCGCGUUUUGCCAAUGGCACUGCAGUUUGUCAAAUGGGCGACACAGCGGUUAUGGUCACUGCCGUAGCCAAAGCGAAGCCAACGCCUGGACAGAAUUUCAUGCCCCUCGUGGUCGACUAUCGACUGAAAAACGCUGCCUCUGGCCGCAUACCGAUGAAUUUUAUGCGCCGCGAGUUGGGACCAUCGGAGAAGGAGAUUCUGUCGGCGCGUCUCAUAGAUCGUUCGUUGCGCCCUCUCUUUGCCAAGGAUUAUCGCAAUGAAACGCAACUGGUGUGCAACAUGCUAGCCAUGGACGCGGUACACUUACCCGACGUGCUGGCUAUUAAUGCGGCAUCCAUGGCGCUCUCAUUAAGCGACAUACCCUGGAAUGGGCCCAUAGGCGCUGUGCGAGUUGGCCUCAGUGAUGGCGAGGUGCUGAUUAAUCCGACAAGACGUGAACUACAAUCUUCCCAACUGGAUUUAGUGGUGUCGGCGACCAAGCAGAAUCUGGUGGUCAUGCUGGAGGGCAAGGGCAACGUAGUUCUGAUGCAGGAUCUGCUGAAAGCCAUCAAGCAAGGCACGCGUGAGGCGCAGUUCAUAAUACAUGAGAUCGAACGACUCCAGAAGGCCUAUGGACGACAUAAACGUGAAGUUGAUGAACUGCCCGAGCCACAGGCAGAGCUAGUGCAAGCUGUGAAGAGCAUGUGCGAGAUGCGGCUCCGAGAAAUCUUCCAGGAUGCGUCACAUGACAAAAUCUCGCGCGAUACCGCCGUCAACGAGGUGCGUGCCAAUGUCAUUGACAAGGUGUGGUCCUCCUAUCCAGACCUAGAUCCCGCCGCCAUCGGAGAGGAGUUUAACAAGGCGUGUCGAGAGAUCUUCCGAGAAUUGAUCUUCGAGAGCAAUCGACGAUGCGAUGGCCGGGACUACGACAGCCUGCGCAACAUAAACUGCCAGGUGGACAUGUACAAACCGUUGCAUGGCUCCGCCCUAUUUCAACGUGGCCAAACGCAGGUCUUCUGCACUGUCAGCCUCGACUCGCCAGAGAGUGCCAUGAAGCUGGACUCGUUGGCGGCGCUGGACAGCGGCGGACUGAAGGCGAAAAACUUCAUGCUCCACUACGAGUUCCCUCCAUAUGCCACUGGCGAGGUGGGCCGAAUUGGUCCACUUGGACGCCGAGAGCUCGGUCAUGGUGCUCUAGCUGAACGUUCCUUGUUGCCCACGUUGCCAAAUGAUUAUCCGUUCACAGUUCGCCUGACGUCAGAAGUGCUGGAGUCGAAUGGGUCUAGCAGCAUGGCUAGCGUGUGCGGCGGCUCGCUAGCGCUAAUGGAUGCCGGUGUACCGAUCACUGCGCCUGCUGCCGGUGUGGCCAUCGGCUUGGUCACCAAGUAUGAGAACAAUGACACGAAGCAUCUGCAGGACUAUCGCAUUUUGACCGACAUACUGGGCAUUGAAGACUACAUGGGCGACAUGGACAUGAAAGUGGCGGGCACACGCAAAGGGUUCACUGCCAUUCAAGCGGAUCUGAAGAUACCUGGUAUACCGCUUAAGGUCGUUAUGGAAUCGCUGCAAAAGGCCACAGAUGCCAAGUCCAAAAUACUAGAUAUCAUGGGCGAAACCAUCAGGGAGCCACGUAAAUACCGCAAGGAUUGCUGGCCAGUCAGUGAAAAUCUCGUUGUCGAGCCACAUCAACGCUCCCAGCUGAUUGGACCCAGCGGGCUGCACAUGAAGCGCAUCUACCUCGAAACGGGCACCACCCUGACACCUUCCGACGACAGCAACUUUUCUGUUUUUGCUCCGUCCCAAGCGGCGAUGGAUGAAGCCAAGGAGAUGAUCGAAGGCUACAUGCACAAGGAACGCGUACCGGAUUUGGAGUUCGGUGGAAUUUACACUGCCAAAAUCACCGAGCUGCGGGAUACAGGCGUCAUGGUUAUAUUGUAUCCCGGCAUGCCCCCCGCACUGCUGCACAACUCGCAGCUGGAUCAGCGAAAGAUUGCGCAUCCGUCGGCGUUAGGUUUGGAGGUAGGCCAGGAAAUACAGGUCAAGUACUUUGGCCGAGAUCCCGUGUCCGGCUUUAUGCGGCUCUCGCGCAAAGUGCUGCAGGGCCCCGCCGUAGGCAUUGCACGCAGUCUGAACAAGGCGGCAUCCGGGGAAACCAGCUCUUGAGCUUGCACGAAGUUGGCACUGCUGCUUCUCGUAGUGUUGUACAGUUUAGAAUGUUAUUAAUCUGUUGUUAACAUGCGAUUAUAUUUUAAGUUACAAAUUUCGUGUAUGUACAGUAAACAAAUCAACUUAAAUACAAGCUAUCUGUAGUUGUUCCUUAGCAUACAUUUGAAUGUAUAGUUUAAGAAAUUUGGUACGUUGUAAGGGGAUGAUUGCAUCCGCAGGAACUUAAGAUUAAA